CAGGGGUCCUUCAUGAACUGACGUCUGCACGUGAGUUUAUCAACAUCGUGAUGUUCUUGUGUGUGUAGCUUCAGCCUCUUCUUGGACAUAUUUUCGUGAAUAACUCCUCCACAGUUAAAUAAAAGGAAAAUGGCGACAGUUCGUAAGAAGGUAGACAACCGGAUUCGGGUCCAGAUUGAGAAUGGAGUCGCCUUGCAGCACCGGAGCAUGUUUGUGGUGGUGGGGGAUCGUGGGAGAGAUCAGGUGGUGAUUCUUCAUCACAUGUUGUCUAAAGCUGCUGUCAGAGCUCGACCCUCAGUACUUUGGUGCUACAAGAAAGACCUGGGCUUCAGCAGCAACCGGAAGAAGCGCAUGAGAAAGCUGCAGAAGAAGAUCAAAAGUGGGACGUUGAACCUGAACCAGGACGACCCUUUUGAGCUCUUCAUCGCUGCGACCAACAUCCGCUACUGUUACUACAACGAGACGCACAAAAUCCUGGGGAACACCUUCGGCAUGUGCGUCCUACAGGAUUUUGAAGCUCUCACUCCCAACCUGUUGGCACGAACUAUCGAGACGGUGGAAGGGGGGGGUCUAGUGGUCCUGCUCCUCCGGACGAUGAAGUCUCUGAAGCAGCUUUACACCAUGACUAUGGAUGUGCACACUCGAUACAGGACUGAGGCUCAUCAUGACGUGGUGGGCAGGUUCAAUGAGAGGUUCAUUUUGUCCCUCGCAUCCUGCCAAAACUGUGUCGUUAUCGACGACCAGCUCAACAUCCUGCCGAUCUCCAGCCACAUGGCAAACAUCAAGCCGGUCCCCCCAAAGACUCAGGAGGACGGUUUAUCUCCUCGAGACCUGGAGCUGAAGGAGCUGAAAGAGUCCCUUCAGGACACGCAGCCUGUUGGCGUGUUGGUGGACUGUUGCAAAACCAUGGACCAGGCCAAGGCCGUGCUGAAGUUCAUCGAAGCCAUCUCAGAGAAGACCCUGAGGAGCACCGUGGCUCUGACCGCUGCCCGAGGCCGAGGCAAGUCUGCCGCUAUGGGGCUGGCUGUCGCUGCAGCGGUGGCGUUUGGCUACUCGAACAUCUUCGUGACCUCGCCAAGCCCAGACAACCUUCACACCAUGUUCGAGUUCAUCUUCAAAGGCUUCGAUGCGCUGCAGUACGAGGAGCAUCACGACUACGAAAUCAUCCAGUCUUUGAAUCCUGAAUUCAGCAAAGCUGUGGUGCGAGUGAACGUCUUCAAAGAGCACCGGCAGACGAUCCAGUACAUCCACCCCGGAGAUGCAGUGAAGCUGGGCCAAGCUGAGCUGCUGGUCAUUGACGAGGCUGCGGCCAUCCCUCUUCCUCUGGUCAAGAAUCUGCUGGGGCCUUAUCUCGUCUUCAUGGCCUCCACCAUCAACGGGUACGAAGGCACCGGGCGCUCGCUCUCCCUCAAGCUGAUCCAGCAGCUGAAGCAGCAGAGCGCAGAGAGCCAGCAGAGCAUGUCGGCACAGAACAGGGUCACCAACACCGCCAGGCUCGCAGCAGCUCGCACGCUGCACGAGGCGUCUCUGCACGAGUCCAUCCGUUACGCACCCAGAGACCCCGUGGAGAAGUGGCUGAACGAGCUGCUCUGCCUCGACUGUCUCAACAUUCCCAGACUCAUCUCUGGCUGCCCGCUUCCACAGACCUGUGACCUUUAUUACGUAAACAGAGACACACUCUUCUGUUACCACAAAGCAUCAGAAGCAUUUCUGCAGAGGCUCAUGGCUCUCUACGUGGCGUCACACUACAAGAACUCCCCCAACGACCUGCAGAUGCUCUCCGAUGCUCCGGCUCAUCAUCUCUUCUGCCUCCUGCCGCCCGUUCCUCCCACACAGAACUCGCUGCCUGAAGUCCUCGCUGUGGUGCAGGUUUGUCUGGAGGGAGAGAUAUCGAGACAGUCCAUCCUCAACAGUCUGUCCAGAGGGAGGAAGGCCUCCGGCGACCUCAUACCUUGGACUGUGUCAGAACAGUUUCAAGAUCCAGAUUUUGGCAGCCUGUCUGGAGGCAGAGUGGUGCGAAUUGCUGUCAAUCCAGACUACCAAGGGAUGGGCUACGGCUCCAGAGCUCUCCAGCUCCUGCAGAUGUACUACGAGGGCAAGUUCCCCACCAUGGAUGAGAGCGUUCAACCAAACCAGAGUGAAAUCACCUCUGUCAGCAGCGAGGCCGUCAGUCUGCUGGAGGAGAUGAUCACGCCGCGAAAAGAGCUCCCUCCUCUGCUGCUGAAGCUCAGCGAGAGGAGAGCGGAGAAGCUGGACUAUUUAGGAGUUUCCUAUGGCCUCACUGCACAGCUGCUCAGAUUUUGGAAGAGGGCAGGCUAUACUCCAGUCUACCUAAGACAAACAGCUAAUGACCUGACUGGAGAGCACUCGUGUGUGAUGCUAAAAGAGCUGAACACAGACGAGGCUGCAGAGCAGAGUCAGUGGCUGUCUGCCUUCUGGAAAGAUUUUCGUCGGCGCUUCCUGUCUCUGCUCUCCUACAAGUUUAGUGGCUUUAAUCCAAGCUUGGCACUAAGCAUUUUGCAGAAUAAGAAGUCCAAGGAGGAAGCCACCACCGUCAGCAGCUCUGGGCUGGCAACACAUUUCACCCCGUACGACCUCAAACGGCUGGAGUUGUAUUCCAGGAACAUGGUGGACUACCACCUGAUCAUGGACCUGGUCCCAGCAGUGGCACGCAUCUUCUUCCUCAGACAGCUCGGGGACAUCUCCAUCUCAGCAGCACAAUGUGCCUUACUGCUGGGAAUUGGACUACAACACAAAUCUGUGGACCAGCUGGAAAAAGAACUCGAUCUCCCAAGCUCGCAGCUCAUGGGUCUCUUCAACCGUCUGAUCCGUAAACUUGUGCAAGCGUUCACCAGCAUCCAAGAAAAAGCUAUUGAAGCUGAAAUGGUAGACUCUAAAGAUGUUACAAUGGAUCCAACCGUCAAAAGCCUUAAUGAAGAUCUGACUGAAGCUGCCAAAGAGUUUGAUGAAAAGCACAAAAAGGAUCUAGAGAAAGUGAAGGACAUGAAGUUGGAGGCGUACAAGAUCCGUGGAGAUGAUGAGGAGUGGGACCAGGUGCUGAAGAACGCUGGGAGCACAGGUGUUGUCAGCAUCAAAAGUGACAAGAAGAGAAAGUGGGAAGGGGGCUCAACAAAUAUUGGGGCUCCUCCACAAGAGAAGCUAAAAAAGAAGGACAUGCAGCAUGGAAAAUUCAAGAAGAACAAAGACAAGCACGGGAAGUUUGGAAAGAAGGCGUGACAGAGUGAAGUCGUAACCAGACAAAUGGCUUGCACUCACGUGAAGAUACAAAUGUUUAUCCAUAAAAUUCAUCUUUUUUCAUUUUUACAGUAAAGUGUAAAUCAGCCACAGUUAAUACUCUUCAGCCCACUGUAUUGAAUAAAUAACUUUUUAUUCGUGUCAAACACUUCAUUGUAUUUUAGUUUUGUUAAAUAAAGUCAAUUCUACAAACAAUUGUAAAAACAUGUUUGUAAAUUAAAAACUAUUAAAACUUAAGGUGCCUGCAUUUAAACUUUCUGAACAGGUAAAUUGAGCACCUGUGGCCGUAGAUCACUCCACUUCUGU